CGUGAGACGUACAGCUGGGGUGGAACCAAAAAAUCCCCUGCGCCAAAUUGUGCGCUCAGGACAUCGUUGGCUGCCGCACGCGAUCGCUGGUUGGGAGGGCCGACUAUAUAUACCGACGUCGGAGAUAUAUCGGACGAGUGUGCAUUCCAGCCUUUUUGGUGCGUUCCGGUGCCGAGCGUUCUGGCAAGGCAUGGGGAAAUACGAGUAUGGCCGUGGUACACCUCAGUUCCCCACAUUUCUCCUGCUUUUACUGCUGACUUUCGAAGCGACGCGUUGCCACCGUUCGCCACCGGGAGGCUGGGUGCAGAAGGACCCAAGCGAGCCACGCUUCCUUGACGCGGCACGUUUCGCCGAACGGAAGGCUGUGGUGCCAGGCGGUCGUAUAUACCGCGUGCUCCAGGUCCUGUCCGCGUGGACCCAGGUUGUGAAUGGCAUCAAAUACAGAGUGCUUUACACGAGGGGACUCAAGUGCGGACCAGCUGAAAGGUGGAGGAUCUGCAACGAGAAUCCGUAUGAGCCUACGGAAAGUUGCAUGGCCGUCGUCUACGCACCGUUCGGCAGCUCUCGAAGGCGACUUGCUGCGCAUUCGUGUUCCCAGUGGCAAGAGGGUGUGAAAGGGCAGGCCGUGAAAGGGCAGGCCGUGAAAGGGCAGGCCGUUUACGGAAAGUAGAUCCGAAUAAAGAAACCUUUGCUGAAGAAAA